AUGCCUCGGCACACGAUGACAGUGUAUCCAACCAGUUGCGAUCGGGAUUAUUUUGUUCGCCUGUUCAUUUGCAUGAGUGCGAUCGUUUGUAUCAGCAUGAACUUCGCUUUCGACGCCAAGGAUGACCUUGAUCGGGUGAUGACCAUCCUUCGCCAGGCCCUGCACCAGUCCCAGAGCGAAGUUGUAGUGUUUUUGCUCUUCGUCCUCACAUACUUCGCUGGUUUUGCCAAAGCGAGACGGUGGUCGGUGCGUUCCAGAUUCACUCCCAAGGUCAUGAGCCCGAGGGCCUCUGGUAAUACAACCUUUCCUAAGGUCACAGCAGGACCCACGAAGGCUACCGCCGUGAAGAUCAAUCUGCCGACCACGAGGAGAUUUGAGGAGUCGGAUGCCGACAAGCACCUCAUCAAGGCGAUCGACAAGGAGUGCUUGCCGACCGAUGGCCCGAGGUUCUCGCAGCUAGUUUCGGCUUGUGUCAGGCUGGGCAACACAGAGGUCACGCUGCAUCUGUUCGACCACAUGCUCGAAAGCGGCGUCGCCUGCGACCCAGAGCUGAUUAUUCGCUGCGGCACUGCAGGCAAGUUCUUCAAGCUCGUGGCGGCGAGCUUCGACGACGCACGCAUGCGGGCCUGUGGGGUCCAGCUCAUGCGAACGAUUGAGGCCCACGGGCUCUGGCCCACGAACGAGGUCCAGAACCAGCUCAUCCGCUCCUGGAAGAGCAAGCUUCCGGGCCAUGUCGUGGAGGUCUUCGUCAGCAUGCGCGAGAGGGGGCUGCAACUCAGCGCGACCGCGUACCGCUGCGUCAUGGCCGCGCACGAGCGGGACCAGCCGGUGUUCACGCUUCGGCUCUACGACGAGAUGCUGCAGCGGGGCAUGAAGGUCGACCGCGUUGCGUUCAACGCGGUGUUGUGCGCUUGCUCGCACCUCGGCAUGAGCAGCCAGGCCCUGGUGUUGUUCGAGCAGAUGCCCAAGUUCGGGCUUGUUCCCAACGGGAAAACAUACGGCACUCUCAUCAGGGUCUGCACCCGCGCUGGCAAGCUAGAUGAGGCCUUGGAGCUCCUCGAGUCCAUGCGGGCGGCGGGUAUCGAGCCCAACCGCUUCGCCUUCCGCGACGCCAUCCAUUGCUGUGUCAAGCUCAAGAAAUUCGACGAGGCCUACGAGCUGUAUCAGGACCUCGUCGAAGCCAGCGCAAUCCCUUGCAACAACACUUGCAUGUACAUCAUGGAAGCGUGCCUCAAGAACGCCUGCUUGUCGGUCGCGGAACGCAUCCAGGCGGACAUGGGGACCAUGGGGCAGAACGGUGUGUUUCGGGUCGAGAUAGUCAAGGACUCCGCUGAUGCAGUCGACUCAGAUACUGAGUAG